CUUCGGCUUCCUUACCCCCUUUCCCCAAGCUCCAAGCAGACCCGAGCCUGACCACGAGCUGGCCUGGCACAUGUUGUUGUCGCGUCGGUUCUUCGCACCGGCCACCGCGUGCAUUGCGUGAACCGCAUGCUAACCUAAUCAAGCUGCAAAGUCGACACGUUGAGCUGGAACUCUCCACCUUGGAUUCGCAUCGCCUCCGAUACACGCUCCUGCUUUCCGGUUGCAGCCUCGACAGACCUUCGUCACCAUGUCGGCGUACUACGACCCUUCGCAAUGGCCUCCCCAGGGCCAGGCUGGCUGGGACCACCAGACUCCGCCGCCCGCGCGCUCUGGUGCUAGCUCCACCAUCCCUCGCGAAGAACCCGCCGCAUUCACCCAUCAACUAGAGGAGGUCGACCGUGCCAUUGACAACCUCGUCAAGAGCGGCAAGAUGUUUGGAGCUGCCGGGGGCCGCCGUGAGUCCCUACCUUAUCCCGGCCCCGCCAGAAUGUACCCAGUUUUCGGAAUGUUAGACGGACGUCCGCCUGUUGGCCCCGGUUCCCGUCCCCACUCCAUGGCCGAGUUCGGCGAUGCGCGCGGUUCCCACCCGGGCUCGAACUUGCAGAACUUCUACGCCUCUCAGCGGCACCAGCCCUCCCGCGGCUCUAACGAGGCAGAGCAAAUGAUGCAGGCCAAGAGGAGAAUGGCCGCUCAGCGGGAACGAGAGCUGCGGAACUACCAUCAAGAGCAGCAAUACAACCGAACCGUCCUCGCCGAGAUGUCGUACGGCGCCAACAGGCCUGACCGUACCAUAAGCCCCGGCAGCUUGUCCGAGGAUGAUCGUCGAAAGCUUAUCGCCCAGCAGCGUGGUGCUAUGUAUGGAGACGCUUCAUACGCUGACGCAGCCGGCUACGUCGAUGAAACAAGUGCGCCUAGGGCUGGUCUUCCCGGCCCUCCGGCUGGACCGCCCCGUCUGCGCGGCGGCCAUUCCCCGCUGGCAUACGAAUACGGGCGCGCGCCGCAACUCCACCCGGAUGCUGGUUCUCAGUCCGCAGCGGCCGAGGCCGGUCAGGGAUCGCAGCCCGCCGAGUCCGACCAGGCCCGAGCCAACAGCAAUUCGAGCCCGCAGUCUAACCCCGGUAGUAAAGGUGCAUACGAUGCCGCGGCGGCCCAGCAGUCGACCCGUACCAGCGUUUCGUCCCCGGGAGGAUCUCCGCCCCGCCAGGGUGCCCCUGGAAGCAAGCCCACUCAGGGCUCUGUGGCACCCAUUGGCACGCGCCCCUCGAUCUCCGGCACCCCGACCAACCCUGCCUUGAACAAGCGGUCCACCACUCCGCUCGCCUCGCCUCUUGGCCACGGGUACACGGCGUCUGGCGGCGGCGAAACUGGCGCUUUGAGCAGCGCUCCGCCCGCCAACCCGUCUUCAGCAGCCGCCGAGGGUCCCAAUGUCGGCCUCUCCGGCUGGGGCGCUCGUCCUAAUGGCUGGGGCAGCAAGGCCGGCCUAGGUGUCCAGGCUAGCGUCUGGGGUUGAUUCUCGUUUGAAACUUUCUUGUCUCCGCCACGGCAACGAUUGGCUGCGUUUCGGAUACGGAGUCCUGGGGUCUAAGUUCGACAGGAUGUUGGGAAUUGCGGGAGGCUGUAAGGACAUCAGAAGGAUGGCGUCGUUAAACCUAACGAACGGGGUUGUUUUCAGUUUCGGAGAGUCGGGCGGGCGUAUUUCGGAAAUGGAAUAGCGGGAGUGGCGUGUGAAUCUUGGUCAUUCAUGGUUGCUUACACAAAAGAGGUGGGCACGGAGCAGCGGAGGGCGGAAUGGGCAACGGGAGCGUCCUUGUCUUGGGUUUCUGGCGCAUUGGCA